AACAAUUACUCUUCCAUCUUCCUUAUCUCUUUAGCUCUUUCUUCCUUCAUUCACAUUUUACACAUCAAGAAUAUUCCAAAAAUAUAUAUAUUUUAUAUUUUUAAACACCCUUUUCUCUCCUUAACCUAAUUUUUUUCCUUUUUUGGAAAAAAAAUGGGAAGUGAAAAAAUGAUGAAAAUUAAUAUCAAAGAAUCAACACUAGUGAAACCAUCAAAACCAACACCAACAAAGAGAAUUUGGAGUUCUAAUCUGGAUUUAAUUGUUGGAAGAAUUCAUCUUUUGACUGUUUAUUUUUAUAAACCAAAUGGAUCUUCAAGUUUCUUUGAUAAUAAAGUUAUGAAAGAAGCAUUAAGUAAUGUUUUAGUUUCAUUUUACCCAAUGGCUGGAAGAUUAGCUAGGGAUGAACAAGGUAGAAUUGAAGUUAAUUGUAAUGGUGAAGGUGUUUUAUUUGUUGAGGCUGAAAGUGAUUCAUGUAUUGAUGAUUUUGGUGAUUUUACACCAUGUUUGGAACUUAAGAAACUCAUUCCUAGUGUUGAAACUUCUGGAGAUAUCUCAACCUUUCCACUCGCUAUAUUUCAGGUUACUCGUUUCAAGUGUGGUGGAAUCGCUCUUGGUGGUGGAGUAUUCCACACGUUAUCCGAUGGUCUCUCAUCCCUCCACUUCAUCAACACGUGGUCGGACAUCGCCCGUGGCCUCUCCGUCGCAGUCCCCCCAUUCAUCGACCGGACGCUCCUCCAUGCACGGGACCCACCAACAUCUUCUUUCGAGCAUGUUGAGUAUCAUCCCCCACCUACCCUCAUCUCAUCAAAAAAAGGUGAGUCCACAGGCCCAAAGUCUAGUACCACGGCCAUGUUGAAAUUCUCAAGUGAACAAGUCGGACUUCUUAAGUCUAAGUCCGAAAACGAGGGCAGCACUUAUGAAAUCCUCGCGGCCCAUAUUUGGCGAUGCACGAGCAAGGCACGUGGAUUGGCAGAUGAUCAAUUGACCAAAUUACAUGUGGCCACUGACGGUAGGUCAAGGCUUUGCCCUCCCUUGCCACCGGGUUACCUAGGAAAUGUGGUGUUCACGGCCACACCAAUAGCUAAAUCAUGUGAACUUCAAUCAGAGCCGUUGAGGAAUUCCGUUAAGAGAAUUCACAAUGAGUUGAUCAAAAUGGACGAUAAUUACCUAAGAUCAGCGUUGGAUUACCUCGAAUUACAACCUGAUUUAUCGACCCUAAUCCGGGGCCCGACUUACUUUACUAGCCCUAACCUCAAUAUUAAUAGUUGGACUAGGUUGCCUGUCCAUGAGUGUGAUUUUGGAUGGGGUAGGCCAAUUCAUAUGGGACCAGCUUGCAUUUUAUAUGAAGGGACAAUAUAUAUUAUACCAAGUCCAAAUACAAAAGAUAGGAACUUGCGUUUGGCUGUUUGUCUAGAUCCUGAUCACAUGCCACUAUUUGAAAAGUAUUUGUAUGAAUUUUGAGAUAUUUUUCAUAUGGAAAAAAGUCAAGAAUGUACAACACAAAUUGUGGUGUGAUUUAGUUCAAGUCCUUUUUUUUUUAGUUUUGAGAUAUUUUCCAAAUUCUUUAUUAGGAAUUUGAUUGUGUAAUUGAUAAUGUCUUAUUAAGCUAAAUCUCCAUAUUUCCUUUGUGAUUAUACCUAGUUUUCAAUUGA